AGUAACACACAAGAAACAGAUACAGUUUAGGCUACUUUAAAAUCUUGGCUUGGGAAAAAUAAGAGGUAGUCCGCCAUAUUCCCAGGUUAUUAGGAGAAUUCGGGAAAUAAGGAAGUACAUCCACGGGGCCCACCUUCCAGCCGAGUUUCAUAUAGGUGAGGGAGUGGCCACCUGCCACCUCCUGUUCGAUAACAGGGUGAGAGAACUGAAGAAGUUUCAGGCCGGGACACUCCGUGAGGAGUUACACUUUCUGUCAAGAUUUUACUCAGAGAGGAAUUAAAUCAGAAUCAGGAUGAUAUGAUGGUGCUUACCCAGCCUUGAGAAUGUAUGAGGUGAUGUCCGGUGACACCCUGUCCUGGAAGGUGCUGACUCCAAGCCAAAGCAGCACAGAGUCCACCCCCGAAUCACACUUUACUGGGGACGGAGGGCCUACCAAGAUCCUCAAAGUGUGCUUCUGCACCAACAACACCUUGGGCAAGAACUUCAAACUGGUUAAAUGUGACAGCUCCUGGCAAAUUAGGGCUAUCAUUCGUUCGAUUCUGAUCAGUGGUCGAUUGGGGCCGAACAUCGAACAUGCAGGAUGCUACGGCCUCCUGCUGAAGCACCUGAAGUCAGACGAACUUCACUGGCUGCAUCCAGAUCUGACUGUCAGCGAGGUGGAGCAACGCUACGAGAGCCAUCAUGUGGAAGCUGAGUGGAGGUAUGACCUUCGUGUCAGAUACGUUCCUGUCGAUUUCAUGGAAAAAUUCAAAGAUGACAGAUCUACGUUAGUGUAUUUUUACCAACAGGUGCGUAGUGAUUACAUGCAGUAUCAUGCCUCUAAGGUCAGUGAUGGGAUGGCGCUGGCGCUCGGCUGUUUGGAGAUAAGGAGGUUCUACAAAGACAUGAAUGCAAAAGGUCUCGAGAAGAAGUCCAACUUUGAGCUGCUAGAAAAAGAUGUGGGCCUGGACCUCUUCUUUCCUAAACAGCUGAUUAACAGUAUGAAGCCAAAGCCGCUACGGAAGUUGAUCCAGCAAACGUUUCAACAGUACGCAACACUCAAGGAGGACAACUGCAUUAUCAAGUUUUUUGAGACCCUCAAAGACUUCAUCAACUACGAUGAAGAGGUUUUCCCAUGUGAACUAGUGCAAGGUUGGAGUCUUGCAGUGGAGCUGGUCAUUGGUGGGAGGGGGAUUCGCCAACGCACGCACAAGAAUUCAGCGCCUGUUUUUCUAGCUGACUUCAAACAGAUCAAGAAAAUACAAUGCUUAUCUCAGAGCGAUGGCAAGGCUCUCAUAGACCUCAACAUAGAGGGGGCCAGACAACGUCUAUCAAUCAAUGUGGCCACAGUCCCUAUGGCAGAGAACAUGAUGGACCUUAUUGAUGGCUACUGCCGCUUGGAAACUGACACAGAUGAUACUGUCAUCUACCGACCAAAUAGAGAUGCCAAUGCACGGAAUUCCCUACCUGAGAUUCCUACAGACAGAGACACCAGCUCGGCCAGACACAGCAUGGGGUCAGAAAUCUAUUGUGAGAUUCUCGAUGAAAGGCCCAAAUCAGUUAUUAAGUACGGGAUCAACAGAAGUGACAUUGUUCUUGGCCGAAUCCUUGGUGAGGGUUUUUUCGGGGAAGUCUACGAUGGAGUUUACAAAAAGGGUAAUGGCGAGAGGAUUAACGUGGCAGUGAAGACCUGCAAAGACUGUUCACCUGAAGUGAUGGAGAAGUUCAUGAGUGAAGCAGUAAUUAUGAAGAACCUCAAUCAUCAGAACAUUGUCAAACUGAUUGGAAUCAUAGAGGACGACCCUGUGUGGAUUGUCAUGGAGCUUUAUGAGUAUGGAGAGCUCGGGAACUACCUAACUCAGAACCAGAAAAAGCUGACAAAUAUAACUCUGGUGCUGUUCAGCCUGCAGAUCUGCAAAGCUCUUGUCUACCUUGAAGGGGUCAACAUGGUGCACAGAGACAUUGCGGUUCGGAAUGUGUUAGUCGCCAGUCCAGACUGUGUGAAGCUCGGAGACUUUGGUCUGUCGAGAUACAUUGAGCAUGAAGAAUACUACAAAGCAUCUGUUACUCGCUUGCCAAUCAAGUGGAUGGCCCCGGAAUCCAUCAACUUCAGACGUUUCACCACAGCCAGUGAUGUCUGGAUGUUUGCUGUAUGCAUGUGGGAGAUAAUGAGUGUUGGACAGCAGCCGUUUUUCUGGCUUGAGAACAGAGACGUGAUCAACCAACUGGAGCAGGGAAUCAGGCUGCCCAAGCCGGACAACUGCCCUCCUGCCCUCUAUUCACUCAUGACGCGCUGCUGGUCCUACGACCCCAGAGAGAGACCCAACUUCACCGAGCUGGUGGUCAAGAUCAGUGAUGUCCACAAGAUGGAGAAGGAGCAGGAAGCGGAGAGAGAGAGGGACAGAGCGCGCGCCACAAAAUUAUUUGAAACCAAGUUAAACUUCAACGAGCCUCCUCCCAAGCCUUCAAGAAUGCAACCUGGGCGCUUUGGGAACAUGCUCAGUAUUGGUCUACACAUUCAGCUGAACGAGGCUUUGUGUGCCAGCUCACCUGACCUGGCCAGCCCAUGUGAUUACCAGUCCCCCGCCGACUCCAUGAGCAGUCUCACGUUGCCGUCCAUCUCCCCUCGACCUCGAAGCAUGGCGGAGGGCGACUUUUUGCGAAUGGAACCGAAAAGCAGGGAGGACGCCACGGGCCUGUGGCAGAGGGAGAGACAGCACAUGCAGAACACUCUCCGCCAGCAGAGAGAAGACAUGAUGGAGGAUAAAAAGUGGCUGAAAGAAGAGGAGAGACUCCUGGACCCCAUGGGACCAGAGGACACUGCCGGCCCAGAGUCCCCUGAAGCUGACGCACAGAAUGCACCUCCAGAAAAGCCCCCACGGCUCACAGCACAGCCUGCACCCACAGCUGAGCUGGACCGCUCUGACGACAAAGUGUACCAAUACGUCAUGGAACUGGUCAAAGUUGUUGUCCAACUCAAGAAUGACAUCACUGAUUCACCACCGGAAAAAUAUAUCACCAUUGUCAAGUCUGUUGGGAUGGCUUUACGAGAUCUGAUUCGCAGCGUGGAUGACAUACUGCCCACCUUACACAAGUCUGUCAGGACUGAGAUUGAGGGCACCCAGAAGCUGCUGAACCAUGACAUGGCGGAGCUGAUCAACAAAAUGCGGAUGGCCCAGCAGAAUUCCAUCACCUCGUUGAAGGAGGAGUGUCAGAAACAGAUGCUGGCUGCAGCACACACACUGGCUAUGGACAGCAAGAACAUGUUGGAUGCUGUGGACCAAGCCAGAGUUAGGGCCAAUUUAGCCAAGCCAGUGGUCCUCUAGUGGACUGUAAGCCCUCUUAUUCAGUUUACACAUCAAGCUAAGGAUUUACAUCUGUCAUUAAGAUUUGCACACAGUUAAGCAUUUUCGUUUUGAUCAAACUGCUUAAAAUAUAUCAUACCUGUAAAUGUGUUUUAAAGCUGGGGUAGGCAUUUUUCAGAGUACUAGUUAUUAAUUUUAAUCAUCCCAAUCUGAUCCUGAUCCCAGUACCAUUAUACGGUUGCAAACUUGUGGGCUUGUAAAGCCCUUUGAGAUGACAUACUGUGAUUAGAGGCGCUAGACAGAUACAUAAACAUGAACUUCUAUCAGCCCCAGCUGUGAGCCUUUAGCAACAGUUAGUAGAAGGCUAAACUGUUAGUAACAUUUUCUCUCCAUCUCUGAAAUGCUUCACCAAUAUUGACCAUUUAUUGUCAUUUACUCUCUUUUAUAGAAGUCUGUCAUCUUUUUUUGGGUAGCUUUACAGCGUAGACAGUUGUUGCCAGUGCUUAAAUAGAAACUUUUUCUGCAGGUUUUUUGCCAUUGAAUCAGGCUUUUACCUUCUAAAGUGACAUGCACAUGCAUCUGCAUUUGUAGAAUAGCCAAUAGGAAUGCUCUCAUUCUGAAAUGACCUGUGAUUGACCAUAAGUGCAUAAGUCUAGUUUUCUGUCAGACUACUUCAAUUACAAUAUGCUGAAAGGUUAUUAUGGAAUUUUUGCCCAAUGAAGGCAAAAAGAAAUCCUACUCCAGCUUUAAGUUUAAAUAUGAUGCUAUCGGCAUCAUAUUUACGAUGCCGUCAUUUUAGACAAACUCCUACUACAUUUAAUGUUGAUUGACUUAAAUAUCUGCUCAGAAAUUGAUUUAUCCUUGUAAAUAUAAAAUUUGUCUUUGGACAAGAACAAUUGUCAAGAAAAAGAAAUAAUGUAAAUUAAAACAAGUAAAUGAUUUACUCUUUGAUACCCGUCAACAGUAACCUGAGUGAAAUGCCAAUUUAAAAAAACAAAUACAGUAUAUAUCUCAAGUUUGACUAUGAUGCAUUAUGUUGAAAUUAUUAGAUGAAAACUACAAUGGUAUGUAUAAUGGAUUGUCAGAUAGAUGUCAGGUAUU